AUAGUGUGUGUGUAUGUGUGUGUGGAUGUGUGUGUGGAAGAGAGAGAGAGAGAGAGAGAGAGAUAGAGUGUGUUUGGAGGCGUACAACUAUGCAAGAACCUUGUCGUGGAGGUACAUUGCCAUUACGCACUAUUACGCACUGACAGCUACUUUUAAGAAAAGAGCGCUCAGCGCAGCCGAGCGGAAUUUUGGAUUCUUCACCAAGUACAGAUAGAAUUUCUUCAUUCACACUCUGCCCGUCUCCAGCAGAACAACUUGAUCUUCAGAGCCCAGCGUCCACUCAUCCGCACAGGAAUGGUGGAUCACUUGUCACUUGGUGAGGAGACCUUCCUGUGUUAUGCCCACUCACCAGGGUCCGACUACAACUCCCUCUGUCGCCACACCAAUGGUGGUGUGUCGCCGGGAAUCAUGGUGACUGACGCGGGCAUCUACCACCACCACCACCACCACCACCACCACCACAAUCCCUAUGAAGGGCUGAUGCUGUCCUCUUCCCCUCGCCUCUCUGAGGACGAUCUUAGCGACUCCUCCAGCCCUCGGUCGUCCCUCUGCUCCAGCCCCGAGUCAUCGUCGCCGACAUUACACCAUGCUCUCAGCUCCAGCUAUGAAAGCAGGAGCAGCAGGAGCAGUGAAAGCAGCAGUUCCUCGGGAGGAGAGAGUCAGGACAGUCUGCUUGACCUCCUUCUCUCGCAGGCGUCCCUCAGCAACAACUCCUAUUCUUCUUCCUCUCUGUCCCUAUCCUCCGCAACCUCGUCGUCCUCCUCAUCUGCCCCUCUUCUACCGAUGGGGCUGGCGUGGGACUCAAAGAGGGAGCAGCGGCUGAGUCUCCUUCAGCAGCAGUCCAAGGAGGACUGUUACGAGUUCCCUGUGUUCCUGGAUGAGCUUCAGGACCCUGCAGCACUUCUGUUCCAGCCAACCCUGGAGGAGAUCGAGGAGUUCCUGGAGGAGAACAUGGUUGUGGCGAUGGAGAAAGACGAGGAGGGGAGUGAUGAGGCGAUGUCGCAAACAUCUGAGGAUGCUGAGGCAGAUAGUUCUGGAGAUUUCAUAUCGGUGCCUCAGAACUCAGAUCAGACUGUGCCUGUGGCUCAUUCUCCUCUUUCCUCCUUCACAGAGACCAAACAUACACCAAGUGCAUCCGACAUGGACAGCUCACCCUUAACAUUGGAUGUUAGUUGUACAGCUAGCGCUAGCUCCACAAGUAAUGGAGUUGAUGGGAUCAAACAGGAGGACUGUGGUUCAAUGUCAGCCUCUUCAGAAGGUACCAGUGCUGCUUCCAAUGUGCCUGUCAUCCUACAAAUCCAGCCAAUACAGAUCAAACAGGAACCCAACCCUAGUGCUAUUUCAGAUUCUGUUGCCCAGAAUACAGAAUUCCAGCCAACGCUGGCCCAGCCGGAUAUCAAAAUCGCCCAGCUCCUGGUCAACAUCCAGGGGCAAACAUUUGCCUUGGUGCCUCAGCUGCUCUCCCCGACAAAUGUUGCCAGCGCCGGCAAAACUGGAAUCACCGGUUCGUCCAAAUUUGUGCGGAUCGCUCCAGUUCCCAUCGCCGCCAAGCCGAUUGGACUUGGGGAAGGCGGGUUGAACGGGGUUUCCUCUUCAGGGGUCCUCGCAGGAGGUCAGAGGUACCAAAAGAGCGCAGUGGCAGACCUUAUUAAAAUGCACAAGUGCUCUUUUCCCGGCUGCAAUAAAAUGUACACCAAGAGCAGCCACCUCAAAGCCCACCUGAGGAGGCACACUGGAGAGAAACCCUUCGCCUGCACAUGGCCUGGCUGUGGAUGGAGGUUCUCCCGGUCCGACGAGCUAUCCCGACACCGGCGUUCCCACUCCGGAGUGAAACCAUACCAGUGCAUCGUCUGCGAGAAGAAGUUUGCCCGCAGCGAUCACCUGUCGAAACACCUCAAAGUCCAUCGCUUUCCCCGAAGCAGCAGGACAGGACGCUCUGCAAACUGACUCCUGUGACCCCGCUCUGACAGACUGACGCUAAGCGGAGAGAGAGAGCGAUGGGGGGAAAGGGGGGGAGGGGGGGUUGCUGUGAUCGUGUAUGUGCUUGUGACGAAGGACAGAGGAGGUGAAAGUCCAAACACCUUUGAAAGGAGUCUGUGCAGGACAUAUGUGUGUUUAUGUUGGAAUAAGUGCGCCUGACGUACGUUCAUGGUACUGUGAUAAUUUAUUGGGUGGUGAGGGAAAAAAAGACUGUAAAAACUGAAACAGAAAUCUGUUACUUGACUCGACACCCUCACAGGUGGAAUAAGCUUCAUGUAUAUUUUUGUUUCACUCAAAUCUUUUUUUUUUUUUUUUUGAGGGAAGAUUUGCUAUAUCAGAGUAUUUUUACAUUUUGAGAUGUUUUUGUUGUCGGAGUACAAAGCCUUACCAAUACGAGCUGAUCCAUCGCGAGGGGACAGCCCUGUUUCAAUCUUUCAGGUGAUUUAAUGGAAUCUCAUCACAAAGACUUCAUCUUUUAAUGGAUUGAACUGAAUACGUUGGGGCCUUGGUUUAAUUAUUUCUCAAAGGACGGUGGAGUAAACGAGGAACAUUCCUUUAGCUUUGUCUUUGUUGCCUUUGAGUGUCAUAGCAGGGAGAAAACACACUCUCGUAACCUCAGACACAUUUCACAAAGAAAACAGGAAAUCUUCUUCUGUUUGUCCAUCUUAAAGCCUGGUUUAUAGUUCUCUGCCUCUACCAAUCCGUGCCGUUGUGAGCACUACAUUGUGUACGUUGGUGUGUCUGCAUACUCUCUGCAAUACUCCGGCGACAAAUGCUAGUUAGCAUUGGCGUUUCUAUGCUAGUUAUAUCGCCAAAUAGUGAUGUGAAAAGCAGUUCUUUUCAGUGUACUGAAUCAGUAGAAUCAGUUCAGCAAAGUCAUUCGUUCAAAAGAU